AUGGCACACGAGAAGUCGCGUAAACGCAAGCGCGAGGCUGAACUCUCGCCUGCACGCAAUGCGCCUGAGUGGGAUGCCGACACCACUGAGAUCGCUACACAUCGCAAAAAUACUCGGACAGGGCAGAUUAAGUGCACUGCAUUGACUGAGACUCAGACGCGAGGCAAUCAAGUCCGCAACACACGCAGAGCCCGGCCUGUCAAUGCCCGGUCUGUCAAUGUUCCUGCGCCCAACAAUCCGACGUCACUCCCCGAGAUAAACGACCCUCCCGAUCUAGUCAUUCCUCGAGACUGCUGCUACUUUUGCCUUACCCGCGGAGGUAAUGCGGCAUACGAAUGUCGUAAGGAAGAAGGAGAAGAUCUGUGUACGCGCUGUAUACGGGACAGAAAGAAGAGCUGUCGACUGCCUACGCGUCAGGAAUCGGCAGCAAUCGCAGCUCGUUGUCCACGUUGUACAAUUCGUGGUUUCAAAGCAUGCAAUGGAAGAGACCCUUGCGAUACUUGUACGCGAAACAAAACCGAGCAUCUUUGUCGCAAACUACCCGAGAAAAACAAGAAGCGGCCUGAUAACCCACGCAGGCGAAGCACCAUCACUCCACAAUCUGAAGACGACACACCAGAGAAGCCCACCAAUGGUCGAAAGACCAGGCAUAGCAACUACGAUGACGCACAGCCCACUACAGAAAAUGUGUACGAAAAGCCCAAACGCAGCACUAUACGCAGCGGCACGGCUAGAUCGAAGCGCAGAAAGCCUUUUCCUGACAGCGAACCUGACGAGCAUACUCAAGUUGCUGGCCCGAGGUCAAGUCCAGCAGGAUCAAGUUUGCGCGAAAGCACGAGGACAUCAGAGCAACUUGUAGACGCAAACGACCACACACAAGAUGCCGACGAUGGAUUACCUUCGCGUAUAACUUCGAAUGAUCUCAGAUUAGGGGAUGAUCUCGAGCUUGACACAUCAUCUGGUGAGGAUCUCCUAGUGGAGGAAGCCGAUAUUGAUCAAAGCAAAGGCAGCGGCACAUCGAGCCGUCAUGUUGGCGGACGCUCCAUCAGAGCUCGGCCAAGGGUAUCUUACGUUGAGCAGUUCCCCGAUGACCCGUCGGACCUCACAGCUGGAGAUGAAUCCGAGUCCGAUGUUUACGUGUCCCCUGCAACGGAUGAAGAGAGCGAAGCCGACAUUGAUCUUGUCUCUUCCGAAGACGAAAACGAAGACGAAGCAUCAGUCAUAAGCGACCCUGGGUCGCUAGACAUCAUGCUGGACGAAGAGAGCAUCGCCAUUGAGGGUGAUAACCCCAAACCGAAACUACACAGACAGCACAAGCCUGGCGAAUCUACUCGAGCCGGCAAAGGCAUCGACCUAAACCUUCCGCCGCUUUCCAGCAUCCAGGAAUGCAUGUCUGACAUGACUACCAAAGCUGUGCAACUUGGUCUAUGCGAAGCCUUGGAAAGUCUGGGAGAAAGACUUAUCAGGGUUGCCACAAUGUGUUCUGGCACAGAAUCUCCUUUGCUUGCGCUUGACGAGAUCUCGAAAGCUUUGGUGGCAAUAGGUCAUACUCCGAUGCAGAUCCAGCAAGAGUUCUGUGCCGAAAUUGAAGUAUUCAAGCAGGGCUACAUAGAGAGAAACUUCGUCCCAAAUCGGUUGUUCAGAGAUGUCCGCGACUUCAUUCGCGAGUCCGCCACCACGGCAGUAACAGCAUAUGGCGCCGAAGUGGAUAUCCCCACAGAUGUGGACAUCCUUAUUGCGGGCUUCGUCUGCAAAGAUCUUUCUAGGUUGAACACCAGGGGAAAGACACUGGAUGAUGGUGGCGAGUCAGGCGACACAUUCCAGGGAAUGUAUGCAUAUACGGAUCGCUUCCGCCCAAGCAUAGUGUUGCUUGAGAACGUCAAGAACGAGAAGAAGACCUGGGAUGACGUUGUGCGCAGAUUCGACAAAAUCGGAUACGAAGCUCAGUGGAUUUAUUGUGACACGAAAAAUUACUACCUACCUCAAACGAGAGAGCGCAUGUAUAUGAUUGCAAUCGAGCGUACUCAUUUCGGUAAAGGUGUCAAGAGCGCGACAAGCCAGUGGAAAGAUUUGAUGCGAAAUUUGGAGAGGCAGUGCAGUAGCCCAUACGAAGCGUUCCUCCCAGAUUCACUGAAAGAAUCAAGCGGUUACAGCUUAUUGAAGAACGAGCCAGAUUGGGCUCUAUGCAAACUACGAAACGAUCACAUUCGCUCCGAGAAGAGGCUGGGAAUACUAAGUCCCAUCAGUCGACGCAGCGACAACGGUACCGUUCUACCCCCUGACUUCGCGGACAGGAAGUUUUACAUCUCGCAGUCCUCAAGAGUACACGAUGCGAUAGACAUUGCUCAUCUGGAAGCUGCAGCGAAAGGCUACGAUUCUCUUUACAAGAUGGCGUUGUGGGACGUCAGCCAGAACGUGGAUCGGUUCAAAGCAGAUUUGGGAAUCACGCCGUGUAUUACCCCAGGUGGACAAGAUUUUGCGAGCAACCGGCAACAUGCCCUCAACGGUAGCCAGCUUUUGAUGCUUCAGGGGAUGCCUCUUGAUAGGUUGCUGUUUGCCAACGAAACCCAAAAGGACUUGCAGAAUCUUGCCGGCAAUGCCAUGUCCACGACGGUGAUCGGGGCCUCUCUUAUCUCUGCUCUCAUUGUUGGAUGCAAAGCCCUCCGCCCCUAUCAGGCAAAGUCAGGUGGCAAAACAUUAUCUGCUCCACCUGGCAGUAACAUGAUCACAGAGCCUAGCAUGCUGAAGCGUACUUUCGUUCAGCCUAGCACUUUCGAGGAUCUCAACCUUGUCAAGCUCCAGCAAGAAGCCAAGUCGAGUGCGCGUAUGUGUAAUUGCGAAGGCAAACAGGCCAUAAGCAAGUCCGCAAUUCAGAUCUGCUCAGCGUGCGGACACUCGGCCUGCUCAUCAUGCGCGGGUAACCCCAAGCACGUCUACAGGACAAUCGUACCAGCCAAUCACAGGAUAACGCUACCCGACGAAUUCAUCAGGCAAUGGAGGCAACUUAUGCCUUCACGGUUGAAGUUCGAUGUUUUUCCUGACAUCAGUCAUCUGGCUUCCGAGCUAGGCGCGAAGGACCCAAUACUAGAUGGGUAUCUGGCUACUGUUUCGGAAGCGCAGCUGGGCUCUCAGUAUUUCUGCAUCGGCGACUUCUCCAGAGACUACAAUCAGUGGAAGAUCACCUACAGCUCGCACCAGGCUACAGUUGAGCUAGUGGUGGGUGACCAUAUACAGUGGUCCUUAUUUGUCAAAUGUCCAACACAUCUUCCUGGCAACAGUACCUUGCGGAAAUUUCUCAGUAAUCCGAUCGCGCAAGCUACCGUUGCAGAUACACUUCUCAACGUUGAAUGGAGAGUGCGCAUACCCUCUACCAAGGAUCUCGUCGUUGAUAUGAGCGAUUCGUCUGAGAAGAUUAGCUCAUGCAGGAGCAGACUUGGCCUCUCAGACUACAAAGAAGAAACCGUGCCAAAGAGAAUCAAGGUCAAAAGCGACAGUCUUACGGCCAUUGUCGGCGAUUAUGAGCACCUACCACAUUGCGGGACUGCUUUUACAAGUUUAUACAAGCGAUCAAUGGCAGUGAACGACAUGUACAUGUUUCUCGAUCCCGACCCUAUUGGCCGGCCAGAGCACGACAGCUUCGUGUUCAGUCGCGACCAUACCCGGAAACACUAUGACGUCUUUCUCCACAAUGAACUGUCCGUCCAAACUUUCGCAGACUACUCGUGGGCAUUGGAGAGUGCCAAGACGCUGCCGCAAUGCCUAUCUUGGCAAGCAGUGCACUCGGACUGGCAGGGCAAGUGCUCUUGCGCGCCAAUCUAUCCAGAGAUACUUUGGAGCGUCGAAAACGGUGUAGCGACGGCACACGAGGAUCGUCGAGUCGCUGCCACAUUCGAACGUGCCAUCAAGCAACGCCCUGCCAUAGUCCAACUAGAGGCUUCAAGUGAUGCAUCAGGAACACGAAUUCGAGUGAGCGUCGAUAUCAUGUCUUUGGUCCAUCGUGCUCAAGGGAGACUUCCCGAGGUGGACUCUGCAACCACUUCCUGGAGGCUAAUCACGGAUCACGCUGAUUUACCUUCGCAACCAUUUCCGAAGUUCCGGUUGCAAAGCAAUUCGAGCGACAUUCGUGAUGCCCUGUUUAAGCUACCAGGGUACCUACGUGGUGCACAGAAGAAGUCUGUUGCAUGGAUGGCAGAGCAAGAGAUAGGAAGACCAAUAACUAUCUGUGAGACAGAAGAGUCUGUUUUUCCAGGUUUGGGUUGGAGAGCAGAAGCUCAGGUCAAGACAGAGAAGAUCGUUCGAGGUGGUGUGUUGGCCGAUCAACCUUCCUUCGGCAAGACUGUUUCGAGUAUAGGACUAAUCCAGAGUGAAUUCCAUCAGGUCACACCUGAGGAACUCAUCAAGUGCAACCAACCCUUAGCAGCUGAACAACCCCAACGUUUAGACUCCGCUGCGACGUUAGUCGUUUGUCCCCCACAUAUCACUCAUCAAUGGAGCACAGAGCUUCAAGAAUUCCUAGGUUCAGAGGAAUUCGACGACUACAACGUCCUUAUCAUAGAGAACUACAGUCAGCUGAAGAGUUUUACCAUCGAAGAUUUCCUACAAAGCAGGAUUAUCAUCGUUUCUUGGACACUAUUCUCUGAAGAAGGUUACAUUUCGGAACUGGCAAAAUUCACGGCCUUGCCUGAGCCUCUCAAGACCAGUCGCCGUGCAUUCAGUUGCUGGCUGGAUAACGCAGUCAGCGAGAUCCCAAGUCAGUUAGCGGUGUACCAGCGCUAUGACUAUAAGCAUUUCAAACGGCUGACGGAGCAAUUCCUGGACGAGCGGCUACUGAAGCCUGAAUUCCAAGCGACACUACCUGUUAAGAUUCUCCAUGGUGCUGCGUAUGAGUCGUUCGGCACUCAGCUGCCGUCACGACCUUCAAAAAGAGUCAAGACGAAAGCCAAAUUUGAAGCAGAUAGCUCGUCAAACUUGGCGCCACUGUUGCAUCUCUUUCAGUUCAACCGGAUCAUCGUUGAUGAGUACCAUUACCUUAACGACAACGACAAGAUUGGGAGUAACUUUGUGGCCACGAGCAUCAAGAAGAUAGCUGCACACAAACGCUGGUGCCUCUCAGGAACACCAGCCUUGGCCAACUUCUCUGAUGUCAAUCAAUUGGCGUCCUUUCUUGGUGUCAAACUUGGUCGAUAUUUCUGUGGCGACGGCACCGUCACGACUUCGGCGGAAAAGACAUCGAGACUGGAUCAGACAGAUGUUGAGAGCUUCUUGUCGCAAACCGAAGUCAUGUCACGACAGUGGCAUGAAGGCAGGCAUCAACGCGCACAAGAGUUUCUUGAUAACUUCGUGAGACAGAAUGAAGCCGAGCUCCGCCAUAUCCAAUGCUCAGAAAAGCUCUUGUCGGUAGAUCUAGAUGUCGCUCACCACGCGCUCUAUCUGGAGCUUUCGCAAUACCUCAUCUCCCAGAAGAUGCAAAUCAAGAAGCUCAACCAGAAGUCAGGCUCAGACAGGAGCAGCAGACUGAAUGACAGCCUAGAGGGCUCUGCAAGUGCUGAAGAAGCACUGCUAAGGUGUGCGUUGCUCUUUGAGACCGAAGAGGGUAGGUCAGCGCUCGAAGUCUUGAUUGAGAAGCGCUCGCGUCAGCUCCGCAGCACUGAGAAAGAACUGUUGAGACUGCUAUCUGAGUUUGAGGGCUCAAUGAAACUGAUUUCAAACACUGAAUCGGGCAUCAAGGAGCUGUAUGGCCAUUACAGGAAGGACGUCACGCAGUAUAAUUGGCUUGGAGAUGAUGAAUCCAGCCAACGUGUUCGCGCGAUGUUGAAAACAGCCCAGAAGACGCCACGGAGAGAUACUACUGCAAUUGAAGAGACAUCGAAGAUUCAACGCGAGCGAACGAUUAAACAACAGCUCUCGCAACUCCGCGACAUUUCUCUUGAACUCGCGCAUAGGACAAGAUCGAAACGAUUUGUCGUAUCUAUCCGUGAUCAUCUACAACUUGCAACUCUUGACAAGAUUCGGCCUCUUCGCUGCAGUUCUUCUAGUUGCAAAGGCACUGUCGACCUUCAACUGCUCUUCUCUAUACCCCACUGCGGACAUACUGCAUGCAAAGAGUGUCUUGAACUACGGACUGAUGACGAGACCUGCGUUCAUCUUGGCUGCAAUUCUCAUGCGAGCGAGGGCAACCUGAUCCGGAUAGCCGAUCUCGGUUCGAACGAAAGUGAGGAUACUGGGCAAGGCUAUGGAAAUAAACUCGAGGCUGUGGUUCAAAUUGUUCGUCGAAUGCCGGCUUUCGACCAGGGCAUUAUCUUUGUGCCGAACGAAGAGAUCGUCAGCAUUCUCGAAACUGUGUUCGAUCGCUACGACAUAUCAUACCAUUCGCCAGGUCGAGGUCGACACACUGCUUCGGCUAAGCUCAUGGAGGAGUUUAAAACAAACAAAGAUCCAAAGACUAGAAAGAAGCUUAUCAUACUCAAUCUUAGGAGUGAAUCUGCAGCUGGCGUCAAUCUUACAAUCGCCAACCACGUCGUCUUUGUGUCACCCUUUCUAGCAAAGACACAAUAUAAUUACGAUUCCGCAAUGGCACAGGCGAUCGCGCGAAGUCGCCGUUAUGGCCAGAAAAAGAAAGUGCACAUUUACCAUGUGGUUGCGCUACGGACGAUCGAUGUUGAUAUUCUUGAGCAUCGCCUCAGACGGAGUGAUGCCCUCACUUCCACAGGUUCUACGGCCAAGUCGUUAGAAUCAUUAUCUACGAAGAAAGAAAAAACACGACUGGCCAGGAAUAACAAGGGCGAGAUCAUGCUAAUACCACAUACGUGGUUAGCUGACAGGGCCAAGCGAGAGAUCCUGGGUAUUGAGGAGUCACCGGAUAGGCUCACGUCCCUGAUCAACUUCUCUGAGACAUUUGAGCAGGAAGACGACGAGUCCUAA